AAACUACUUGUCAGUUCAGCGUAAUUUGCAACAUUAUUUCCUGAUGGAACAGUGAAAGGAAGACGCGUUGUAACAAUGCAUGAAGAAAAGUAGAUGGACUGUCUUCCCCUAAUUCUUGGAUUUGUCUCUCGUCUGCUUGAUGGCUUUUCUCAACCUCUUUUGUUCUUUUGUGCUCUUCCUCUUGGUAUCAGUAAUGCAAGUACAGACACAGAGUGCAAGGUGUUCGGUAGACAAACAUGUUGUUGAAAUAAAGGAGAAUAAUCAGCGAGGGUUGGUGAUUGCUAACAUUAGUGCUGAUCCUGGCAUUACAGUCACAAUAGAACCUUCCACAGCAAACUCUCACUCUGAAUGGUUUGAAAUAAAGAGCUCGCAACUCAUCCUGAAAGUGUCUGUGGAUUUUGAGAAUAUAACAGCGCUUCAGGUGCAAAUGGCAUGCUGGAAAGAGCAUUUGAAAGUACAAAGUUUAUCUGUUCUUAUAACAAUUACAGGCGAGAAUGAUAAUUAUCCAGAGUUCAAGGAAACUAACAUCACUGUUGAUGUUUCUGAGGAUACAAAAGUGAACACAACCGUCAUACCCCUGGCAAACGUAACCGCUACUGAUGCUGACCUUGAUGUCUUGUUCUACAGCCUUGAAGGAAGUCCACCACAAGCAAUGGAUUAUUUCAGUAUACAAGGAAUUAACAACCCACAAAUUUACUUGCGUAAAGACCUGGAUUACGAAGCAAUUAAUUUUAUGGAGUUUACUUUAAGGGCCAUGGAUGGGAGAGCUGGUACAGCAGGGAUACACACAGCUACAGCCACAAUAUACAUACGGAUUAUAGAAUCUGACCUCAGACCUCCCUGGUUUCAGCCAUGUACUGUCAUUGAAGAACGUAUAAUGUGUAUCAGUCUUGGCUACACUGGCAAAGUCAGUCUCUCAGAAGAUGUGAGUGGGCCACUGAUCUUGGAGCCAGGACCCCUCCAUGCUAUUGAUGGGGAGAAAAGUUUGAAUGAAAAAGUAGUAUAUAAAAUCGCUGCUGGAAAUGAUUAUAACACAUUCUCAAUAAAUGAAGAUUCUGGAAACAUCACCAUGAACAAGCCUGCAAACACUCUGAAGCCGUUCAUGUUGUAUAUCGUGGCUUCCCAAGAAAACAAUCCAUACAGAUAUUCUCAGACAACAGUGAAAAUUGACGUUGUACGGAAAAAUGAUAAUCAGCCCUACUUUGAGGAAACCAUUUACACGGGAAGAGUGUCUGUGGACCAGCCUGCAAAGACUCUGAUCAUGAAAGCAAAUGCAUCCUCAGAACCCCUGCAGAUCUUUGCAGCAGAUGACGACUUCUUGCCAGAUAAAAUCAAUCCAGACAUCAAAUACAGAAUACAAAACAGUUCAGAUUUCAGAGUUACUGCAGAAGGAUUUAUCCAAACCACUGUAGUUCUGAGUGCAUCAUCUCAUAUUACCCUUUUGGCCAUUGCUACCGACACCAGUACUCUGGAAGAAGCAAGCACAUUGAUCUCAGUAGAUGUCACACCUUUGGCGACUCCAACUGUUCCACCUGUAGCUACCAGUGCCUCCACUGAAACCUCCCCUACCAUCCCAGGGGAAGUGACCACUAGUUCAAAGCCAUCAGCUUUGCCACCUGGGAUAAGUAGUCUUCAACCUUCCAUUUCUUCUGGAUCCACUAAGUCCAUGUCACCUCCUUCAAGUACAACUGGGAAGCCUGACUUUACAAAGAUUACAGGAAAUUCUGUGACUGUUACUGUACCUGGCUCAGUUAUUCCACCUUUUGUAACUACACUAAAGCCUCCUGUCAUCACAGGUAAUUCUUCACAGCUUCUGACCACUGAUUCUCCUGUAACAGGGAUAAGCCAAGCAACAGUGGGAUCAGACAAGACCUCAAGCUCCUCCGCUCAAGCAUCUCUUCAGACUGGAACCACAACAGGUAGAUCUGUGACAAGUGGGACUGUCCAGUCACUAACUUCUUCCCAAAUUGCAAUCACCAAGACUCCCACUGCAGGUGCAAGCCCAGCACCAGAUGAUAGUAGACAGUCUACUACUGCAACAUCUUUGACUGGAAUCACCAAGCCUUCCACAACAGGUAGAUUUGUGACAACAAAUGGUGGGACUGUCCAGUCACUAACUUCUUCCCAAACUGCAAUCACCAAGACUCCCAUUGCAGGUGCAAGCCCAGCACCAGAUAGUGGUAGACAGUCUACUACUGCAACACCUUCGACUGGAAUCACUAAGCUUUCCACAACAGGUCUCUAUACUGUAGAAGACAUGGCUGCUCUGGGAGCCACACUGGGGAUCUUACUGGCAAUUGCACUAGCCUUGCUUGCACUGAUGUCCUACAAGUAUUACAAAUUAAAAAAAGAACUUGAAAAAGAAAGUCUAAGAAUUACAGAAGGCUUUUCUAACCUUCUGUAUGAUAAGGUUUCCAACCUCCAGGAUGGUAAGAAUUCUGACUCAGGUGUAGAAGAUGAUCAAUCGUCGGCAAACCUUGUGUCCAUGAGUUAUGCAGAGGAGAGGGAAUCAGAAAACAAUCAAGCACCGGCAGCUUAUGAAACAAUCCAAGAAGAAGAAAUUGAGGAUCUAGACAGUGAAAAGGAAGUAAGAUCCAUCCUCACAAAAGACAGGAAAAUGGAAGAUGAUGGCUACAAGGCAGUGUGGUUUAGAGAAGAUGUUGUGCCAGAAGCUAAGGGUGAUGUUGUGGUGAUUGAAGAUGACAGUGACCUAGAACAGAAUGGGGUUGACAGUGAGAAUGACAGUACUGCUGAUGAGGAUGACUACAAUAACAAUACUGAUAGUAGCAGAGGUGACAGUGACAUAACUGAUAGUCCAAAAAGAGCCCAGCUCCUCAGUGUUAAUCCUUCUGCCAGCCAAUCUCUUGAAGGAGAAGAAGAAAAUGAUGCUUUGUAAAACCAACCAACCAAAGUGGCUUUUCAAAGAUAUUCAAAGAAGGUUGGAUUUUUGGGAAAGAUUUUUUUCGGCCUGGGUUCUAUCCCUAUUUGCUUAACAGAAGCAUUAAUGUGAAC